UUCUUCAACAUCUCCAGAGGAGACCUCUCCUCACUCUCGUCAGAUGGACAUUAAGAGCACAUACAUGUCGAGUUUAUAGAGUUUAUCGAUGGCUUUCCACACUGUCGGGUUUGUGGCUCUGCUGGUGUCAGUCGAGUGUCUGACCAGAGAUCAGAUGUUUGAUUAUGGGGUCCAGUUUGGCGAUCAGAUUCUGAUUGCGGGAUCUGAUUCAGUGCUCGAGCUCGAGCUGGAUCAAACUGUCUUCUUCUUCAAAGGACAGUUCGACAAAGUUUACGUCAGUACCAAUGGCUUCAUAUCACUGGCUGAACCCACGGCUGAAUCUGAGUAUCUGAGGAAAAUGCCAGCGGAGUUUGGUAUGAUCGCAGCGUUCAUGGGCCAUCUGGACACCAGUGAUGGAUUUGGUAAAGUCUAUUUCCGGCAGGACAGAAGUCCAGACGUCCUCCGGCGAGCCACCGGUCAUAUUGCCCGUGCGUUUCCCACUGAUGACGAGAUCGAACCCCUUCACCUCCUCAUCAUUACCUGGGAACACGUGACGCCUCAAGGUGCAACAGGCAGAGGAGACGAGAUUCAAAACAUGAGAAAUACCUUCCAGCUUGUGGUGGCGAACAUGGAGUCGGCGUCUUACGCCAUCCUUCUGUACCCUAAAGACGGUUUGCAGUUUGUCUCUACACCCGUAGACGAUGAACAUCGGCUCGCUCAAGUUGGGUUCAAUGAAGGGUUGAUCUCACACUGGUUAGGGUGGUCUAAGACUCAGGGUUCAUAUUAUCAGAUCACAGACGAGAGCGAGGAGUCUGUCAGAGCGCUCACACAAAAAACCAACUCGGGCACCCGUGGCGUUUGGGUCUAUGAGAUCGGCACGUCUCCAUUAUUCAGCUCCAUCACACCUGGGGCGAUGACAUCAGAGGUGACAUCAGAGGAGAUGACGGACACAGAGACGGCCGCCCCUGUCACCGAGACGUCUGCAUCUCAAACCUUCACUCCGUUUGUUUAUUAUGAUGAAUUUCCGACUUCCGAGCAGAUCCCGUUUACAAGCUCGGUCACAGAAGAGCCGGUUUCAUCCACUGAACAUCAGUCUGAGUCUCAUUAUCUACGACCACGCCGACCGCCUCUGUCACCACGACAGCCACAGAACCCUCAGAUUGUGGUCGUGGAUGAAGUUGAUCUGGAUGUCAACGUGUUUGCAUACAAUCACGAGACGUGCUCCAGCGGCACACACACGUGUUCAGUAUUUGCUGACUGCAGAGAUUAUUCCAGCGGAUACUGCUGUCAUUGUAAACCUGGUUACUAUGGCAACGGCAAAGACUGCGUCGCUGAAGGUAAACAUCAGAGAAUGAACGGGAAGGUGAACGGCACAGUGUAUGUUGGGAAUUCUCCAUCUUCUGUUGAGUUCUCGAACAAUGACCUUCACUCGUAUGUGGUGACCAAUGACGGUCGAGCGUACAUCGCUGUCAGCAGCAUCCCGCCCAGCAUCGGUCCGUCUCUUCAACCGCUUCCUGCUCUGGGAGGAAGCAUCGGCUGGGCGUUCGCCCUCGUGCAGCCCAACUAUCAGAACGGCUUUAGCAUCAUUGGAGGGGUGUUCACCCGACAGGCCGAGGUGACCUUCCAUCCCGGUAAUGAGAAGCUGAUCAUCAGACAGCAGUUCAAAGGCAUCGAUGAACACGAUCACCUGCUGAUCAACACAGAGCUGGACGGCAGGAUCCCCGAGAUCCCUCGAGGAGCCACGGUUCAGGUCGACCCCUACAAAGAGAUCUAUCAGUAUUCCAGCAACUUGAUAACAUCGUCCUCACGACGGGACUACACUGUUAACAUGCCUGACGGGAGCGGGCACACGCGGAGCUACCUGUGGACGCAGACCAUUCGAUUUCAGAGCUGUCCGCACCAGGAGAACAUGAGCUCCGCACCACCCAGCCAACAGCUCAGCGUCGAUCAAAUCUUCGUCAUGUACGACGCUGGAAACCAACUGAUCCGAUUCGCCAUGAGCAACAAAAUCGGCCCCAUUCACAGUGGAACUCCAGAACAGAAUCCGUGUUUCACAGGCAGACAUGGAUGUGACACGAACGCCGUCUGUCGUCCAGGUCAAGGGAAAGAUUUCACCUGCGUGUGUGCUGCUGGUUUCAGCGGUGAUGGACGCGUUUGUUACGAUGUUGAUGAGUGUUCAGAAACACCUCAGAUUUGUGGACCUUAUGCGAUGUGCAUCAACCAGCCUGGAAGCUUUCGGUGUGAAUGUCUGGAUGGUUUUCAGUUUGCCGCUGAUGGACGGACGUGUGUUGAAAUAAACCGGCCGGUGGAUCACUGUCAGAGAGGAACACAUGACUGUGACAGUCCAGACCGAGCCAGAUGCAGCUACACGGGGGGAUCCACCUACGUCUGCUCAUGUCUGUCAGGAUAUUCUGGAGAUGGACGAACCUGUCAGGAUAUGGAUGAAUGUCGGUCUGGUCGUUGUCAUAGUGAUGCCAUCUGCUACAACACCCAGGGCUCCUUCACCUGUCAGUGUCGGCCGGGUUUCUAUGGCGACGGCUUCAGCUGCUCACCGGGCUCAGAUGGAGAGAAAACGGCAUGCGAGCGACACAGAGAAUCCGCCCUGGCCGCCUCUUCUUCAUCAGGUGUAUUUAGUUUCUUCAGGCCGCGUCCGGCCGUAGGUCAGUACGUGCCCGCCUGUGACAGCUACGGUGCUUACGAACCCACUCAGUGUCACGCCAGCGUGGGCCAGUGUUGGUGCGUGGACGAUUCCGGUGCGGAGAUUCCAGGCUCGAGGACCGCACCAGGCAGCAGACCCAUGUGUAUCGAUCAUAAUGUGGCUCCGCCCAUCAUCGGCCCCACCACGAGGCCCGACGUCAGCCCACUGGCUCCUGGAGCGUAUCUCUUAUUCGCUCAGAGCGGCAAAAUCGACAGCAUCCCGCUGGACGGCGACCGGAUGAACAAAGACGGAGCCAUGACGGUGCUGCACGUACCAGAUAAGGUGGUGAUCGCUGUGGCGUAUGACUGUGUGGAGAAGAUGAUCUACUGGUCUGACAUCACACGGCCGUCCAUCAGCAGAGCCGACAUGCAGGGCGGCACGAGCAGCGCUCUCAUCAGCACAGAUCUGGGCAGUCCGGAGGGAAUCGCCAUCGAUCAUCUCUCCAGAAACAUGUACUGGACCGACUCCAUUCUGGACCGCAUAGAGGUGUCACGCUUAGACGGAAGUCACAGACGCGUCCUGUUCCACAAUGACCUCAUCAAUCCACGACCAAUCAUUGCCGACCCCACAUACGGACAUCUGUACUGGGCCGACUGGAACAGAGACGGGCCAAAGAUCGAGCGCUCGAACAUGGACGGCACCGACAGGACGGUUCUGGUGAACGACGACCUGACGCUGCCCAACGCCUUGACCUAUAACCCCAUGACCCGUGAGCUCUGCUGGGCGGACGCAGGAAGUCGUAAGGUGGAGUGUAUGGACCCGUUCUCUCUUCUCCGGAGGAAAGUGACCGAAGGGAUUCACUACCCGUUUGCCAUGGUGUCUUACGGCGGAAACUUCUUCUACACGGACUGGAGGAGGGAAGCGGUGGUUGCCGUGGGCCGUCAGGAUGGGAUGGAGGUGGAAGAGUUUCUUCCUCAGAGACGCUCCCGUACAUACGGCAUCGCCGUCACUUACCCACAGUGCCCUCAAGGUCUGAACUACUGCUCUCGUGAUAAUGGAGGUUGUUCACAUCUGUGUCUGCCUCGCCCGGGUGGAUUCACCUGCAGGUGCCCCGACGCCCGAGACGCUCCUUGUGUGGAACAGGAUGAGAACUUCUGAGACUCAAAGAGGAGAUGAUUUGUGUUCUUAUGACACAUGGCCGUCGCCCGAGGAGAGACAGUCAACCGUGAUGAAUGCAAUCCAAGGGAUCUGAACGUGUGAUGUACAUCAGAUAUCUGUGAUCACAUUCACUCUCUAAUAUUUUUCUCCGUAUCAGUAUCGUUCUGAUUAAGACAAUAUUACAGGUGGAUUGUAUCAGGACUUUUGUUACUAUUAUAAGAAGUAUUAACGUCAUUCAUCUUUUCUGCUGUAUGUGAUAACGGUUGAUGCCUGGUUUUAUUUGAAACUUGUAAAAUUGAAGAUUUGCCAUCUGGAGUGAAAAGUUGCUGGUAUAUUGAUACAUGCUUAUCAAACACUGUAUAGACAAAACGAGUGACCUCUCUAAUUUACACAAUAUUUACUCUUGAAAACAAAUGUGAAAGAGUCAGAUUUUCCAACAUCUGUUCUGGUGAAUUUCAGGCAAAACCGUCACUUGAAAAUCAUUUAUGCACCGCAAAAAUGACUUUCCUACUUAGUAUUUUUGCCUUGUUUUCCAGUACAAAUGUCUAACAAUUCUUGAAUCAAGAGUCAUUUUCCUUAUGAGCAAAAUGACCUAUCUUGUUUUUAGACCAAAACAAUGAAAUUUCAGCGAGUUUGUGCUUAAAACAAGCAAAAAAAUCUGCCAAUGGUGUAAGAAAAAUUAUCUUGAAUUAAGGUUGACCUUUUUCUUAGUCACUACAUUCAAGAUUAUUUUCAUACCCUGCUGACUUAAGCACAAAUUCACUGAAAUUUCAUAGUUUUGGUCUAAAAACC